CAAACCAAGGUGACAGUAAAACAAAACAGAUCUUCUUCUUUAGUAUACAGACUAAAACAGAACCAUGGAAUAUCAGAAUUACCUCCGCAAGGUUGGACAUGAAGGCUUCAAAAUCAUAGACGCCUACCCAGGUUAUCCCAGGCCUCAGACUCACACAGUGUUGCAGGAGCCUUUUGGCAAUUUCACAACUUGUGUUUAUCAGGUGCAACCCAAAGUUCCUGCAGGAAAGGCACCAGUACCUCCAUCAAAAGAUGUUGCUUUCAGUGGCAAUGGCUGGCGAAAUGCAGAUCUGGUACCCCAAACUGCAAAGCCAAAAGAACCUGUUACAUGGUACAUGUGUAAGGCACCCCAAGUUCCUACAGGAAAUGGAGCUAUUCUUACCAGUGACCAGGCUGCUAAAGCCCAUGGUGGGUUCGUAAUUAAGGAGUACUAUUGGUAAAGUUAAAACGAUACCAAAUUACCAAUAGGAUUAUCAACUUUGUGGUACAAAAUAUAAGCACUAGCUAGUCUACUAUGAUUAUUACUAGUAGUUUCCUAGACAUAGAGCAGCACUGAGAGUAAAACAAUGUAUUUAUAUCUGUUACCCUUUGCAGCUUUAAAAUCAGCUUUGCUUGUAAGGUUGUGGUGCUCGAUUAAAUAUGUUAUGUCUUG